AUGAGUGAAUUUACAUCAUCUGUAAGUUCACAAACAGCAAGUUGGUUUGAAUUUUUACUUAAUCCAACAUUGUUAGAUACAUUUUUAACAGAAGAUAAUCUUGAAAUCACUGGAACGGAUUUGAUUAUACAAUUUUUAAUUAGUGCAAAUUUAAUUGAACAAAAAACAAAACUUAAAACAGCAACAGAAAAUCCAAAUGAUAUUGAAUUGAAAGAUAAUCGAAUUCGAGCAUUAAGACAUUUGGCAAUGAAAAUAGCAGCAAAAUUUAAUUGGGAUUUAGUUGUUAUUGAAAAACGUAUUCCUGUUGCGGUUGCUUCGGAUCUAAUUCAUUGUUUCGUACGUUUAACAACUCAAACUGAUAAAAAUUAUAAAGAUCGUGAACAAUUACAGCAAUUAAAUAGACUUGAUGAACCAGCAUUGUUUGCUGUUCAAUUACUGCAUCGAUGGACUGUUAGAACAUGUGUUCAAUCAUCAUUUCCAGUGAAACCGGUUAAAAUCUUUCAAGUCAAUUUAGCUGGAUAUGUCAAUCCAUUACAACAUAUGCGUGGACCAAAUGAAAAUGUUAUAGAAAUGGCACGUGCAAAGGUGAGAGAAAGUGUUCAAGCAUUAGAAGCUUUAUUAGAAUGGAAAUCAGUUGUACGCAUACCUAUAGAUGCGUGUUUUGGUUUAAUUGAUAUUGAAACUGGUUCAGUACCAUGUGAUUGGUCUCGUACACAAAUUUAUCCACUUGUUGAAUGUCUUGCUCGUAUUUAUUAUGAUCUUGGUUCAAUAUAUUUUUAUGAACAAAAUUAUGUUAAUGCAUAUACAAUGUUUCGACGUGUUCAUGAGUUACGAAAUCAAUUAGAAUCAACAAAUUAUUUUUCAUCAUUAGAUGGAUAUUUAACAUCACUUAAUGCAAUAAAUCCAUCAAUGGAACAAAUUCAUUCAGUUAAAUCUAGAGAUCGAUUUCUUAUGGGUGUACCAACACCACGUACUUCCAUUGAAGAGUAUAUUACAUUAUUAGCGGAAGAUAAUGAAAUGAAAGAAAUGACACUGGCAGCUCGAAAUCGAUUAGAAGAUCAUCUUGAAACUGGAUCACAACAAUAUAGAAUUGUAUGUUCAUUUAAUCUAAUUCGAUCAUUACUCGAUGGUAAAUAUGUAUCAAAUACUCAAUAUGCAUAUGAUUUUCUUGAAAUAGCAUUACAAAAAACAAAACAAGUGACACCAAAACAGCAGUUAAUAUUGAACAGUUUUUUAAGAAUUCAUUUUCAUAAUUUAACAAAAAAUUUACAAGAGCAAUUACGCAUGAAUAAUCUUACUCAUCUUGUUGGUUCAACAUUUUCUAUUCCGAUUUUACGUUCUCGAACACAACAAUCAAUACAACGAUCUAAUCUAAUUGAAAGACCAACUAGUUCUAUACAAUUUAAAUGGCAAACACGUUUAAUUCAUUCUUCUGAACCUGAAAUUCUUACACAAACUAUUACAGAUUUAGAUAAUGCAAAACUAUCUCAAACACUCAAUGAAUUAUUUCCAAUGUCAUUAAAAUUAACACCUACUGAUCAAGCCAUAAAUAUACUUAUGAAUACGAAUCAUUUAUUUGGACAAUUAAUUCGUAUUCUUUAUGAAAAAGCAAAACGUGCACAAAUAAAUAAAAAUUAUUCUCAAUGUCAUACACUUUUAACUCAAGCUAUUGAUAUACUUAGUUUACAUCAUCAUCAAGAUAUAACUAUUGGACAAGUUAUUAAAUAUCUUCAUUAUGAUCGAUUAUUAUUUGAUUUAUAUGAAGUUAUAUCCAAACAAACAUUUCAUGAUAAUGAAAAUAAUUUAUGGGAAAAAUGUCAAAGUUUUCUUACGGAAAAUCAUUCAGACAUUGAUAUUAAUACGGAUGUUAUAUCUGCUGCUUUAGCUUAUGCAUUAUCUCGAAAUGAACUUCAAUUUAUUCAAUCUUUAAUAUCAAAUAAUCGUCGAAUUCGUCCACAUCUUGAUUUAGCUAAAUUAUUUGCUCGUUUAUUAACUAAUGAAAAUCAAACACAAAUACGUCCUGAACUUGCACAAGAAUUAUGGGAACGUAUAACUGAUAUAUUAACUGAAAAAUUACAAGGAACAAAUGUUAAUAAACAAUCAAGAAAUCGUCAUCAACAAUCCAAUUCAUUAAAUGAUAAAUUAACUGUUGUUGAAUUACAAAAAUUUAUAAUUCAUAUCAAUCAUCGUAUUUUACUUCAAAUUAUAUUUUCACUUCUUUCACGUCUCUAUUCACUUAUACUUGUUGAUCAAUCACAUAUUGAUAUUUAUUCCGAAUAUUCUCGAUGUUGGCCAACAUCAGUUGAUUAUCGAAAACGUUCAAUACGUACAUCAACAUUAGCACAACUUAUUCAAGCUUUAUUUGAUCAUAUACAAACAUUAAAAUAUUUACCUAUACAAAUAAAAUCUUCUCUAUUUCGUACACAAGCUGAUAUACAUUUAACAUUACAACAAUAUACACAAGCAAUGCAUGCUUAUAUUAGUGCAAUAGCUAUUGAAACAGCACUUUUUUCAUCACCAAUAAUCAAUCAACAAGAUGAUCUAAUAAUAAAAAAUAUGAGCAAAGCUGCAUUAAAACUAGGUUAUCAUGCACAAGUUGCUUGUAUAUGUCAAUUACUUUCUACACCUGAUUAUAAUACAAUAUUUAAAACAUUACAAGAAAAUUAUAUGAAUGAUGAUAUUGAUGAUUAUUACGAAUGUAUUUGGGAUUUAGCACUGUUAGAAAGUUUAAUUAAUAAUCUAAAUACACGUGGAUAUGAAGAUAAAAAAAGAUUAGCUAUUCGAAUAUGUAAACAAAAAGAUUUAAAUGGAAAUAAUACAGACGAAAUACGUUUUCGAAUGGUACGUGUAAAACGAAGACUAUUACUCAAACAAAUACUAGCUCAUUAUCUUUUACCACAUUGUCGAUUGUAUCGAUCACGAACAAUGAUUAAAUCUCAGUAUCAAGAAAUCAAAUUUGAUUGA